AUGGCCAAAAAUGCAAGCGUUCCGUACAAACAAUUUAUAGAAUUAGGUAAUCAGCUUGUAGUGGAGGAUAAACACAAUGCCGUAGACAUAUAUUGUCCACGACCAUCCUGCCGUUCUUUAAUAAUGCGUGCAAAGGUUGGACAGUUGGUUGAACGACCUAAAUCAAUGGUUCAGCGAUCGUUUCUAGACAUAGCCGACAGCGAUACAUCGGUGGCAGAAGACACAAGUGCAGAGGCCGAGGCAAUGCAGCAAUACUGGCAGUUGUCAAACAUGAUGGCUUUUGAAAAUAUUGGAUUUUCGAAAACGGUUGCAACUGGGUUGAAGUAUUUAUCUUGUGCCGACUGUGAUACUGGGCCUCUCGGAUACCAUGAUACCACAAAAGAAGCAGAGUGUUUUAUUGCUGUAGAUCGGGUUGGAUACGCGGCGGGCACAUAA